CGCGAUAAUUCCACGUUUUGACGCGCAUCCCAGUCACAAAUCCUUACACUAUGUUCUCACAGUCAGCUGUAUGCUACUGUACAACUCGUUUCCUCAAAAUAUAGCGUAUAAACUUGUAGGACACUGUCGUAGCUUUGGUCGUAACAACUCCUUGUUGGGGUUGACCUUGACAGGAGGCAGCAACUGAAAGAUUAAGAGAUACGUAGUAAAUAGGAACUUUCUAAUUAGUGAACUUUCAAAAUAAAAUAAAUUUCGAAUAAGCUGCAGUGGUUCUUCAUAAAAAUUGUAACUAAAGAGCAGUUUCACUUAUGUGAUAACAAUUAUUCGACAUCAAAUGCUGUAAUUGGAAUAAUAAUUCUAGUUUCAUGUCAAGUUGGAUCCACUUUUUUCGAUAUUAAGUGUUCGAAUGAAUAUUUUUUUAGCGCUGCUGUCCGUAUCAUCAGCAACCAACAGUGUCAUACUGCCGUUUGUUACCGACAGUGGACAUAAGUAGAUAUCGCCACAGGGCUUCUGUAAUUCUGUUACGGAUAGUGUAUGGUGGUAAAUGUUCCCAAAGGUCUUCCGUGGUGCCGACAACAAGUAUUGCUUACAGUUCUACGGUUCGUGUACUACCAUGGUAUCCCUAGCCGCCCUAGCCGACAAAUACUUUCGUGUAUACAAUUGUCAUCUCACUUCUGUCGAAACCUACGUAUUUUCAUAUUCCUGAAAAGGGCACAACGACAGGAAAAAAGCAGAAGAUUACGAAAUUGCAGCUUUUGGUAGCAAUUGAAAAGUGUAGAGGUUAUACUCCAAUUUGACAGUUCGUUUACUGCUUUCACGGCGAUUGGCGAUUAAUAAUUUUGAGAUCCCUGUCAAAAUACAAGAAAGAUGAGCAAACGAAAGGCACCCGACAACGCAGACAAUCUGAACAGUGAUCUCUCCGAUUUUCUGAUAGUGAAAAUGUAUGAAAAAAUUUGCAGAGCUAGCAAAUUACGAGCGGAAUGUCAGUAAAAACAUCUACAAGUAUAACGCUUACCGUAAAGCUGCUGGAACUUUGGCUGCACUAUCAUACCGAGUGAAGAAUGGUGAAGAGGCAAAAAAGUUGCCAGGGGUUGGAGAGAAGAUCGCAAAAAAAAUUGAUGAGUUCCUUCAAACCGGAAAAUUACAAAAACUUGAAAAAAUUAAUGCUGAUGGCAUCAGUGCUCCUAUAAACUUGAUGACCAGGGUAUCAGGAAUUGGACCAUCGAAGGCAAAGGAAUUGGUAGAUGCUGGUAUAAAGACUUUGGAAGACCUGAGAAAAAACCAAGAUAAAUUAACACAUCAUCAGAAAAUUGGUUUAAAGUACUUUCAAGAUUUUGAACAGAAAAUUCCAAGGGAAGAGGUGCGGCGAAUCGAGAUCAGUCUCAAAUCAGUGAUUGCUAAUUUAGACAAAGAGUAUAUACUUACAAUCUGUGGUAGUUAUAGACGUGGAAAGGAUGAGAGCGGCGAUAUUGACGUCUUGAUCACACAUCCAAAAUUCACAUCCGAAAGUAUGGAUGCGAAAAAUAAAGGCGGUAUGCUAAAAAAUAUUGUUAAACAUCUUGAAAAGGAGGGAAUAAUCACAGAGACUAUCUCUAUCGGCAACACAAAGUUUAUGGGUGUUUGCCGAGAUCCAGCAGAAUCGAGUAAACCAUUUCGCCGACUUGAUAUAAGAGUUACUCCCAGCGAUCACUACUACUGUGCCGUAUUAUAUUUUACCGGCAGUGAUUUAUUCAAUAAAAAUAUGCGGGCACACGCACUUAAAAAGAAAUUUACGUUGAACGAGUAUACCUUGAAACAUCUAACAUUGGAAGGGUUACCAGGGAAUGCUGAAUUAAUCACAAGUGAAGAGGAUAUCUUCAGUAAACUUGGACUUCCAUACAAAAAACCAGAAGAGAGGAAUUCAUAAUGCCAAAGAUUCACAAAAUUUGAUAAUUCCAGGCCAUGAAAGUAUGCGCAUCAUAACAUAGUGCAUACGUAUAUGUAUAUAACGUUCUUUAUUAAUUCGAUAUAUCUGGGUAGAAAUCAUACAAGACCUCAUUAGCGUUGAGAUCUAUAUUGUUAUGUAAUUAUUAAAUACUAAUAUUUUCAGCCAUAUUCUGUAUCACAAAACGAAAUGCGUAAAUAGAAACUAUAUCUUAAUAUAAACUGAAUUGGUCCAAUUCUUAGCCUAUUCUCUUUAUAUCUCUGUUACUGAAAGGUCAAUAGUAAUUAUCGGUAUCAUGAGAUGCCACACCUCAUUUUAACAGCUUGGUUGAAACAAAAUAUUUAUAACAAAACUGAAAAUGCACCGCAAGCAUAUGCAUGCGUAUGAAUAUGUAAAUAGUGUUGGAGAAUAACAUAAAAUUACAUAUGUUAUAUUUUACUCAAACUACAACACCAAUAACAAGCAUUUACCCAAAUUAAAUGGGAUUUGUCAAAAGCGGUAAAAUAAUAAUUACAUCUAACAUAAGUAUCGUCGAUUAAAACGCUAACCGUGGAGCCGAUUUUGCUGUGCUUUCCGUUCAGACUACAUCCUGAGCCGACG